AUUUGUGAGUGUUGUCUCUUUCUCGCACCGUACAGUUACCAAAAGGUCUCUUUAUAAAGUACGCGACAGCAAGUCUAGAAUAUUAAUUGAACCGUUGUCGAAUAGACGUAAGCAUACCGCGUUAACGUUUUGAAUAUUUAGUGACAAAGUUUUAAUUGAAAAUGGCACCAAUAGGUGGAUGGAUGUGUUGUGGACGUAAGACCAAGUUGGUAGCCCCUUUGGUUAAUCAUGACCAAGAUGGAAGUUACGACUAUGAUUUGGCCGUUAUCGGUGGUGGGUCGGGAGGCCUGGCCUGUGCUAAAGAGGCUGUGAAUCUUGGAGCAAAAGUUGCAGUGUUAGAUUACGUAACACCAUCACCUCAAGGCACAAAAUGGGGUCUUGGAGGAACCUGUGUGAAUGUUGGGUGCAUUCCAAAGAAAUUAAUGCAUCAAGCUGCUUUACUCGGAGAGAGCAUACAUGAAGCGGUAUCGUAUGGAUGGGAAGUGCCUUCAAUAAACAAUGUGAAAAUUAACUGGUCAGCAUUGACUGAAUCCGUCCAGAACCACAUCAAAUCUGUCAACUGGGUCACCAGGGUCGAUCUGAGGGAAAAGAAAAUCGAAUAUAUCAACGGUUUAGGCGAGUUCAAAGACCCCCAUACAAUUAUUGCCACGUUAAAGAAUGGUAGCAAGAAGGAGCUGACGGCAAAGAACAUUGUGAUUGCUGUAGGAGGAAGGCCGCAUUACCCAAAUAUUCCCGGAGCCAAGGAUUAUUGUAUCACCAGCGACGAUAUCUUCAGUUUGAGCCAUCCCCCUGGAAAAACGCUUGUCGUUGGAGCUGGAUAUAUCGGUCUAGAAUGCGCCGGUUUCCUGAACUCUUUGGGCUACUCUUCGACGGUUCUUGUCCGAUCGGUUCCAUUGCGUGGAUUCGACCAGCAGAUGGCCAGCAUGGUCACCAACGAAAUGGAGGAGAAGGGCGUGAAGUUCCACCACAAUUGCAUCCCAUUGUCGGUUGAGAAACUCGAGUCUGGCCAGUUGAAAGCAUGCUGGCUGAACACGCAGACGAAGGAACAGAGCGAAGAGGUCUUCGACACGGUACUCCUGGCGACAGGACGAUAUGCGCUCACCGAAGAACUCAAUCUGCCGGCUGCUGGCGUCAAUUCGCUGUCCGAGACCGGCAAGAUCGUGGCGGAGGGCGAGCAGACGAACGUGUCGCACGUGUUCGCGGUGGGCGACGUGCUGCACGCGCGGCCCGAGCUCACGCCGGUCGCCAUCCACGCCGGCCGCCUGCUGGCGCGCCGCCUGUUCGCGGGCGCCGCGCAGCACAUGGACUACGACAACGUCGCCACCACCGUCUUCACGCCGCUCGAGUACGGCUGCGUCGGCCUCGGCGAGGAGCAGGCCGUGCAGAGACACGGUGCGGAUAAUCUAGAAAUCUACCAUGCGUUCUACAAGCCAACUGAAUUCUUCAUCCCGCAACGAAACAUCCGUAAUUGUUACCUAAAGGCGAUAGCAUUACGGGAAGCUCCUCAACGUAUCUUGGGUUUACAUUUCGUGGGACCGGUCGCUGGCGAGGUCAUACAGGGCUUCGCUGCUGCUAUGAAGUGCGGCAUCACAAUGGAACAGCUGAUGAACACGGUCGGCAUCCACCCAACGGUUGCAGAGGAGUUUACCCGGCUCAACAUCACCAAACGUUCCGGCAAGGACCCCAACCCCGCGUCCUGCUGCAGCUAAACUAUGACGGUGGAUAACAAUACUAUCUCGGUCGAAAUGUCUUCGUUCGUAAAGAUUAAUAAAAGAAAAGAUUAGUUAAAAAUGUUUGUCAUGAUAUUUUAAUCAUUACUAAAUGUUACUUAUAAAUUUAAAAAUAUAUUUUCGCGUUGAAACCGCCUUGUUGCUGAAGUAAAUUGAGUUAUUGAUUUUAAAAACUGAUGUUAAGUCUUAAAAUAUUAUAUUGCAUCAUGAAGUAAUGUUCGAACAUAGCAAAAAAUCGUUAUAAUAAUUUAUGUACUAACAAGUAACAAACAGUAGUUUUUUUAGACAAAAUAUUAAGGGAUAAUAUAUUUCAUGUGGUUUUAUUAAUAUAGUAACACAUGUUAAAAGGUCACUACAAGCGUUUUUUAAUCUGUAAGCUCAUAGAUAAAAAACGUUUCGUCAGUAUCAUUGUUAAAACCUGUUUUUGAGAAUUUCUUGCCUCGUAUCGUAUUAUUAUUAGUACAAAAGACAUUAAAUUAAAAUUUAUAAAAUAUGAACAAUAUUUUAAGAACAAAAUUAUAUUAUAUAAAAGUAUGUCAUAUUGUUCCGAUACCGUCAGCUCAGUAUUAUCGAUGUUAGUUGAUGUUAUAUGUUAAUUAAUGUUGUCCAGUGUUACUCCAGUGUAAGCACGCAGGCUCACAUUCCGUCGACGCACGCGCACGGAUUAAUCAGUGUUGAUCACUCUUCUUUUAUCGUCAUUUCAAUUCUAAUAAAGUGAUAUAUUUUUUAA